AUGGGCAAAAAGACAAGAAGUAAUUCAAAUAUGAUUUUAUUUGGACCUGAAAUUGAUAUUGACGCUGAAAGUGCCAAAACUUUGCCAACAUAUGAAGAUGUUUUACGAUGCUAUGCAAGUGUGCGAUUAGAUUUAAAGGGUGACGGAAGUAAACAACCUGCAUCCUUAAUUGUUGCUGAAAUUGUGGCUCAAAAACUAGAAAAAUUGUGGCAGCGGGCCUCUUUACCAGUGUUGUCACGUCCACGGAUAAAAGACAUGAUCAUUAACUAUAAUAAUAAAUACCAAAAAAUUAUAAAACCAUUUAAAGGCAGACAAAAUACUAAUUUUACUGCCAAAUUAGAAAAGUUUAAGCUAGAUGCUCAGAAGUUAUUUGACAUUUGUUCCUGCAAAUGCUCAGACAAAACAUCAUGCAAGUGUGAAAAGUCCAAUAAAAUAUCGGCUUUAGAAUGGGAUUUUAUUAAAGAUCAAAGAGGUCCAAGAAAAAUGUAUAUUGGUAACGUCGAUAAAAAGGAAACUAACAAGCUUAAAAGAAAACAUGAAAGAUUGGCAAAAAGUGGCAACUUUAAUGAUGAUGCGAUUCCGAGCACAAGCGGACUACAAUCUUUUAAAGGAAAACUCUUAACUGAUAAUUCGUCAAGCGAUUCUACCAGUCCAAAGAACGUUGAUGAACCAAUGUUUGAGUGUAGAUAUUUAUUAGACAGUUUUGCACAAAGUACGGCAUCUGAAAAAAAGCCCAAACAAAUGAGACUAUCUUUGCCAAGUACAGCUAAAGCCGUAGAUAUGACAGGAGUUUCUAACAGAGCGGCCGCCAAAAUAGUAUCUGCUGUCCUAGUAGACCUUAAUAUAGUGAGCAAAAGCGAUCCAGAUAAAGUCGUAGACAAGAAUAAAAUUAGGCGGGAAAUUAAAAAGAACAGAUAUCGACUUCAAAGUCAGAACUCAGAUCUAUCUCAACAUUUAGACGGUCUAUAUUUUGAUGGCCGAAAAGAUCAUACUAUUGUUCAAGUUGGUAAUCGACGCAAAGAAAUUAUUGAAGAACACGUAGCUCUAAUACAAGAACCCAACGGAAAUUAUUUUGGACAUUUAUCGCUUAGUCCACCGGUUAAAGCGAUUGAUAUGGCUAACGGUAUACUUUCUUACAUUACCGAAAAAGGCAUUAGUCUUACAAACUUGAAAGUUAUAGGAUGUGAUGGUACCAAUCUAAAUACAGGAUGGAAAGGGGGUGUUAUUCGAAUAAUCGAAGAGAGGCUUCAAAGACCUUUGCAGUGGGCCAUAUGCUUACUUCAUGCAAACGAGUUGCCGUUAAGGCAUUUAUUGCAAAAAAUGGACGGUCACACGAAAGGUCCAUAUAAUUAUUCAGGACCCAUUGGUACUCUUCUGAACGACUGCGAAAAAGCUCCUAUUGUGAAGUUUAUUGCAAUAAAUAAUGACUUACCAGAAAUUGAUAUCAAAGACCUUAGUACAGACCAGCAAUAUUUGUAUUUAUUGUGCCAAGCCAUCAAAAAUGGAAAUUGUCCCAAAAAUUUAGCUGAACGGAAUCCUGGUAAGCUAGCCCACUCCAGAUGGGUAACCACAGCUAACAGGGUUCUUCGUUUAUAUGUUAGCACAGAAUACCCAUCAGAAAGCCUUAAGCUUAUAACAAACUUUAUCAUGAAACUUUACGCACCUAUGUGGUUUAAAAUAAAGACGAAACCACUAUUACAGGAUGGUGCUCGACACAUAUGGGAUAUGAUUAAAAUAUCUAGACAGUUCCCCGAGGCCGUAAGGAAUAUCAUCGAUAAAAUUAUAGAAGGAAAUUCGUAUUUUGCACAUCCUGAAAAUUUACUGGUUGCAAUGUUAACAGACCCUGAAAAAAAUAUUAGAGAGCUAGCAGUCCGGGAAAAUGCUGUUGAUGAUGCCGAAGUCUACUUUCUAGACAAGUCUAACCAGAUGAGGGUUCACUUACCAAAUCUAGCUAUUGCGUAUGAAAGAACAGGGGUGUCGGAUAAUACAGCAGCUAAUAUUGUGUCUGCAGUACUAAAAGAUAUUGGCAUCAUAACCCCAGAUAACCAAACACAAAUUAUAGAAACAGGAAUUAUUAAACAUGAAUAA